AUGGGGCAAUUCCUCUUUGUGAGCCUCGGUUUGCUGGUCGUGGCCCUCUCUCGAAGAGGAGUCAAAGGCAGCUGUUGUCCUCAUGAUUGGCUCCCCAUGGCUGGGUUCUGCUACAAGGUCUUCGAGGAACAAAAGAACUGGGAGGAUGCAGAGACCUUCUGCAAGAACCACAAGGCAGGCUGCCACCUCGCCUCCAUCCACUGCAAGACGGAGUCAGAUGACUUGGCCGAGUACCUCAAUGACUAUCUCAGAACCAAAACCCAUGUCUGGAUUGGACUGCAUGAUCCAAACAAAAACCGCAUGUGGGAGUGGUCAGACAGAUCCCGCCCCAACUACUUCACCUGGAAUACCGGAGAGCCCAACAACGAAGGUGGCAACGAGUACUGUGUCCACCUCUGGGCCCAGUCAGGUUUCAAGAACUGGAACGAUAUUCGCUGUGACAUCAUCUUCCCUUUCAUCUGCCAGUGCAGAUACUAGUGGAGAUCCUUUUCUUGCUCUGCGGUGAGAGAAGCUCCUGGUGAAGUCUGGAGAAUCAACAAAGUUCUGCCAAAAUCUCUGCUCUGCACCCCUUCCUUUAAUGCCGGGGGACCCAAACGUUUCUAUAUCCUUCACCCCUAGAACGCUUCUGAU